AUGACAUCUUGGUUGGUACAUCCAUCAUUACCAUCAGGCAAUGGACGUCGUAUUGAACUUGCUGGUCUCGAUUUAUGGAUUCUUUCACGCAUCGAUAGUGUGUUUGUUUAUCCGUUCGAAUUGAAUAUUGAUCGAUUCAAAGAUGCACUAAGUCGUAUUCUUUCUUUAUGGCCGUUAGUAUGCGGUCGUUUUCUAUUAUGGAACAAUGGGCAAUACGUGAUUGAAAUGUCCGACAAUGCCAUUCCUGUGAACUAUACAGAAAAUCAUACAAUGAAAAAAUGGCCAAACGAAUUAAAUGUUGUUCUUCAACUCAGUAACAAUCCACUUACUGGAUUUAUUGAUGAAGUGCAAACUAUGAAAUUGAUACAUGGUUCACAAGAAGAACCGCUGGUCUGCUUUAAACUAACUCGUAUCGUUCAAAGUGGCGAAUGGGUACUCGGAGUCAGUUGGAAACAUGUGCUUGGUGAUGCUGAACCUUGUUUACGUUUUUUAAACACAUUAUCGCGCGUAUAUCAACAACUUGUACCACUAGAACCCUUGCCUGUAUUUGAACGACGUCUAUGGCGACAAGAUGAAUAUGAUCAAUCUCUCGUGUCUGUAACGAAGCAGCUGCGCGAUGCAUUGCCACUGACAGACAUGUUGAAGAAUUUUAUGGGCAUACAAACAAAAUACGACCAAGUGAAUCUACACUUUUCAGGGGAACACUUAUUUAAACUACGGGAAUUAACUGGCGAAAAAAAUAUCACUUUACAAGACUCACUCACUGCAUACAUCAUUGCUACACUCAAUACAUGUUGCUAUCAAAAUGAUGAUCAACGUCUUAUUCUACGCACGAAUACUACGGUUAAUUUUCGUGGCGUCUCAGAUUUGAUUGCUUCAGUAGGACAAGUUUCGAAUGCAGUCUUCAUGAUGUUAUCGGAUAACUUCGAUGAUCCAUUAUCUUUGUCAAGUAUUGCCAAGACAAUUCGUUGUUCGAUAAUUAAAUCCCGUGAUCCGAAAUUUCUCGAAUCCUCUCUUGCUACCGCCGAUGCAUUGAUGAAAAGCAUAGUUCGCGACAAUUUAACUCCAAAUUUAGGCAAGUUUGCAAACGAAGUAACUGUGAAUUCAAAUUUACGAUAUGAUUGGGCUGAUCUAGUCGAUUUCGGUUACAAAAAUAAGUGUCGUUUCUAUACAGCAUGGACUGGUCCUUUGUUUUUUCGUGUGUUUCGAUUGAAUCCCGUAGAAGAUGACCAAGGAAGUUUCGUACGAGAUCAACAUGGAGCCGAAGUUGCUUUUCUGAUAGAGAAAGACAAAAAAGAUACCUUUCUUAGUGCAUGGCAUAAAGAUAUUGCCGAAAAUUUUGUAAACGUCAAACAAUAA